GAAGUGUCACUUUAACUGAGUAGCUUGACACUGGUGGCAGGAAUGGCGGCUAAGAUUACUAGAGGAAGGAACCAAAAGAAACUUUACUUCUAACGGCCCCGCUGAGGAAUUUAUUUUCAACGACACGCAGAAACACCAUCCCAUAACGGAUUAAAGGGAUAAGAAGUGCUAUAACGUGAGCAUAACGCGGUAGAUGUCCAUUAAAAGGAGGUGGACGCACUUUGCGACUUGCUAGUUAGCUUAACGUCAGUGACACUGACUUUGAUUCAAGGUAGCUGUUAGCUCGCUGUGCUACUAGCCAGCUGUUGGCUACUGGGCUUGGCUGGCCCAACAAGUUAACUAACGUUAAGUGAUUAACUGUAUGAAAACAUUCCUUAUUUGCACAUUUGAGCGGUGUCCAGCUGUCGUUGUCAACAAAUAGUAUUAGGGUCUUAACAGAGAGUGGGAUUAGACGACAACAAGAACAUUAUUACUGCUGACCUAGCUGGUGCAGUAACGCCUGAAGUCUCGCCCAUUUUUUGGAUCCUGCCCCAGCCAUUGGCUUAGGGCUAAUCAACAGCCAAGUACUCUAGUUUUCAGGGUUGAUUUGUACUACGAUGGAAAGUCUAACGCUGACUGAUGUCGAGCAGAAAUAUUACUCGGAUUUAUUCGUUUAUUGCGACACGGACAACACCAAAAAAGUGGCUUCCAAUGGGAGAGUUCUUGACCUUUUCCGGGCGGCCCAGCUACCCAGCGAAGUUGUCCUGCAGAUCACAGAGCUGUGUGGAGCCACUCGGCUGGGUCACUUUGGGCGGAGCCAGUUCUACAUCGCUCUGAAGCUCAUUGCCAUUGCCCAGUCCGGUCUGCCGCUGAGGGUGGAAAGCCUCAACUCAGUCAAAGACCUGCCGCUGCCCAGGUUCGUGGUGGGGAAGAAUGAGGCGGAGGCGAGGCACGCAGCGCUGUACCAGGACGCAGACAGUCAGGGGUUGUACCCAGCCUCCGCCGCCGCAGUAAUGCCCAGACCACCAGGAAGGGGGUUCCAAAACAAGAAAGCUCCCCCAUCAUCCACUUCACUUCCUGCCCACGAGGUCAUCCAGCCCCUGGCACCCAGCAUAGACCCACAGCCCGAACCGACGUCCCCCGUGGUCUCCCCUCACCAGUCUCCCCCCACCUCCCCUCCCUCGUGGCGGAAACACAAGCGACAGCCCAGUGGAGGAAACGCAGACAGACAGCCGGUGGUGGUCCCAACUGGAGCUGUGUGGACGCAGUUCAGAGAACCACAAGCAGGUCCAGUGCCCGGUGAAGGAAUGUGGCCGUCCCGCUCGCCCCCGCCUCUGAGUCAGGAAAGCUGGGUCAGUUUCACAGCCGACACACCGCCAUCCAGCGCGAUCCCAGGAAUGCAUCCCUCGUCAGUCCAGGAGAGCACAACAAUACGAACUGUGGCCUCAGCAGCGAUGACCAAUGAGAUCCAGCGACAGUCCAGCGGCUACGACGAUCCGUGGAAGAUCACAGACGAGCAGAGACAGUAUUAUAUUAACCAGUUCAAAACCAUCCAGUCAGACCUCACCGGCUUCAUACCUGGUUCCGCUGCAAAAGAGUUCUUCACCAAAUCCAAACUACCGAUUUUAGAGUUAUCACAUAUUUGGGAGCUGUCAGACUUCGAUAAAGACGGAGCGCUGACCCUGGACGAGUUCUGCGCCGCCUUCCACCUGGUUGUGGCCAGGAAGAAUGGCUACGACCUCCCUGAGAAGCUGCCUGAGAGCUUGAUGCCAAAGCUGAUUGACCUGGAUGACUCAGCAGAGGUUCCUGAGCAGACUGCUGAUGUCGGAUACUCGGGCUCCCCGGUGGAGGUCACCCCCAGCAAGUCUCCCUCCAUGCCUUCCCUCAACCAGGCCUGGCCAGAGAUGAACCAGAGCAAUGAGCAGUGGGAGACGUUUAGCGAGCGCUCCUCCAGCUCACAAACUCUGACCCAAUUUGACUCUAACAUUGCACCAGCUGACCCUGACACAGCCAUCGUGCACCCUGUUCCCAUCCGGAUGACACCCAGUAAGAUCCACAUGCAGGAGAUGGAGCUGAAGAGAACUGGCAGCGACCACAACCACCCGACCAGUCCGCUAUUGGCUAAACCUCCCGAACUGUCUGAAGAAGCCCAAUUACCUGCCUCCAUGAAGUUUGUAGCCGCCAAGACUGUAGGUGAUGGUUACAGCAGUUCAGACUCCUUCACCUCAGACCAGGAGCCAAUCACAAGACAACGGUCUCAGUCGGGAACGUCUCCGGAGGCUCUGAAGGUGGUAGCCCCCCCUCCACCUCCCCCUCGCCCCCACCCCUCUCACUCUCGGUCCUCGUCUCUCGACAUGAACCGCACCUUCGCUGCCGCUUCUGCUGCAGGACAACCCCCGUCCUCUACAAUAGCUUACCCGCCCGCUGUGCCCCCUAGACCGCUACCCACACAGACGUCAGCACCACACACCGGGCAUCGUGCGGAGGCAGAGGGUGCAUCAGGAGGCGGAGCAGCACUCACCACCACCUCCCCCCAACAGAUUCCCCAGCAGCCCAAUUUCGCCGACUUCAGUCAGUUUCAGGCGUUCGCUGCAUCUGAACAGCCCUCCAGCCUGCCAGAGGUCGACAUUCACAGUGAGCCUGGACAGGUGGAGAAGUCCUCAGAGGGAGCUGGCCCUUUAAGAACAGUCAAGAGUGACGGCCAAGUCGACGAGAGAGUCUCAGCUACUAUCAACUCUGCCAAAGGUUCUGUGUCUGGUCCACUAGGGCCUCCUCCAAAACCUGUGCGCCGAAGGUUGAAAUCUGAAGACGAGCUACGACCGGAGGACGAGCAACACGGUCCACAGAAAUUAAACGUCAUAGCAGCUGUCCUGGCAACUCAGCCGUCCAUCCCCAGGUCAGUAGGAAAGGACAAAAAGGCGAUACAAGCUUCAAUUAGAAGAAACAAAGAGACAAACACAGUGUUGGCGCGACUUAACAGUGAACUGCAGCAACAACUGAAGGACCUUCUUGAAGAGAGGAUAUCCCUGGAAGUCCAGCUGGAGCAGCUCAGACCUUUCUCUCAUCUUUAACCAACGUGAAGAGGAGAACUCAGCUGUAGUCCAUCUGAAGCAGAGCUGUGGCCCUUGGUGUGACUCUCCCUCCACCCCUCCCUCCCUCCUCCUCCCACCAUCUCGGCUUUCCCUGGAGCCCCCGACCUGUUGCAGGGUGCUCCGUUAAUACUCUUACGCUCAACUAACACUUGUAUUAAUCAUAUACCGGAAGAACAUGAGAGCAAAGUCUUACCAAGAGGAGGAGGCGACAGGAGCAUUGGGGGGGGAUUUUACAAACUGGCACUUUUCAAAUUUCUCUAAAGAGAGGUGAGCGCGAGGACAACAGCAGACUGAGAAACGGUUAGGAGUGACAGACCAGACGCUCCACCUGUGGGGGCCGUCUGAAGACAAACUGCUGGUGUCUGAAUACUCUCUGAAUGAGUGAAGAAGGAAGGCGGAGUGUGUUUGUUGUGUGUGUGUGUGACCGUUUGUGUAUUUGUGUUUCUGUUUAGUGACUUGAAGCUAGCAACAAUAUGUCUAUUCUGUCUUUGGGUGCUGUGCCGCACAAAACUCCUAAAUUAAAAGAAGCAGUUUAGUACUUUUUGGGAGAAUGCGCUUCUUCAAGUUUCUUUUUUUAGAGUUGAAUCUGAAGAUCCAUAUCAAUCUCAUGUGUGAGUACAGAGAUGGAGGCUGCGAUUAUGUUAGCUUAGCAUAAAUACUGGUAGCAGGGGGAAACCGCUAUCCUGGCUUUGUCCAAAGUUCAAAACUACACCUACCAUCACCUCUAAAAUCAACAUGUUAAUAUGUUGUCUGUUGUUUGUUAAGUCUGUACAAAAACAGAGCAGUAAAAACAACAAUUUGCUAUUUGGGGGAUAGUUAAAUGCUGAAACUGCUGGAAAUGAAGCAAAGCGUGUAUUUCUAAAGUAGUUUAACUAUUCCUUGGGCUUCUCACUUAUCGGUGUACCUACUUUUCUACGGCUGAUAAUACCUAAUCCAAGCUGGGCAAUAAUUGUGGAAAACACGACUCGAAAAGCAUUUCUGCUUUAAAUAUCAUCAAAGACCGGCGCUCUCAUGACCAUUUGCCUCCCAAAUGUCAAAAUUUUCAAAUAAUCUGGUAAAAAAUAAGUCACAGAGACAUGCUGCAACACAUAUUAGAGGCUUUGGAAACAUGAACUUCUACCAGGAAUCUACCAGUAAGAAAGAAAUGUCACAUAGUUGUUGUUUUGUUUUUUUGCUGGAGUUUGGUGUGGUCAGUCUCUCCAUAAAACAUACUGGGCUACUUCUGGACGGGAUUUUUAGUUUGUUUCUGUGAGGCCUUUAAUGGCCAAAAUAUUUUGGUGAAGGCUUUUUUUCUUUUUUACUCAUCCUGUGAAACCUCUCUCUCUCUCUCUCUCUCUCUCUCUCUCUCUCUCGUGUCUUACUGCCCCUUGAAGUCUACGUAUGUGUGUUGAUGGCAUGAUGCGGUGAAUGAAUGUCUUUGAGGUUUGAUGUGACUAAAUGGUUUAACUUUAUGCCAAAUGACUGAACCAUCUCUCUGCUCUUUCACCUUGACCUGGGCUUUGUUUUUGAAAAAAAGAAAAGGAAAAAAAAAGAACUCUUUUCCCUUUCUUCACGUUUCUGUUGAUUCAUUUCCAAACAUAGCUGUGCGUCAACAUUCUUUUUAAACAUGUUAUUCUUGGUUGCUGUCGUCAUCUCCCCGUCUUUUACCUUCACCUGGAUGGGAAACCAUUUAGCCAAAACAGACAUUUACUUGAAGGGGUUUGAAGAUAAUACCAGCUGCUCGACUGCAGGAGGCAGCAAUUACUGUAUGAAGAAUUGUUCUGCUGAUCAGUGAGAAGAUUCGCUGUGACUUUCUGAUCAGCAAAAACAAAUGCACAAAUCCAAACUGAUGGUGAAGAUAUGAGUUUAAGAUAUUCAGCUGUUUUCCAAUCGGACAGUCUGCACUAUGCAAGUACGGGUGAUACAUCCUCACACACCACCUCUACUUAGCUGUUUGUACUUGGUCAUUGGUUUGUACUAUGAUAGUAGCAACUGUGUGAACAGUAUAAUCUGGUUUUUGUAUCUUAGAUCUUCCAGAACAACAGCUACUGUAUGCUUGUCACACACGCGCGCACACACACACACACUCACACACACCACCCCACCCUAAAUCUGCAAGAUGUGACCCUUGCUGGGUGUAGAUGAAGCUCAUCAGGACAACAGAUGGAGACCAGUCAACAGAAUGGAAGACCUGGAUGACCUAACUGCACUUUGAACUUAACCUCCCUACCCUUCUUUCUUUUUAUAUUUUUUUUGUUACAUCCUUCUGCUUUCUUUUAAUGUUUGCAUUUUUUUGUCUUUCACAUGUAUUUAAAAAACAAAAACAAAAAAAGAUGCUUUAAGAAGAAAAAAAGAAAUAAUGAACCACUUAAGUUUUUAUUUCUUCAGUACAUCCUUGGAAACUAAGAGGUUGUUGUGCCAGUACCCUUAAAUAUCCCGUCUUGUUUGGUUAGAUAUUUUUUAUUUUUAUAAAUGUUUUUGUCCCUGGAACUUCCUGUGUGUUCUCUUAAAGCCUUACCCCCCUCCCCCCCCACUGGCGUUUCCAGUGUGUGUGUGUGUGAGAGUGAGAGAGUUAGUGUGUGUGAGAGUGUGAUGUCUCCAGACCUAGAACUAAUACCAUUGAAAACCUUCAUGUGGGAUUGAUUUUAUGCUUGCUAGCACAAUAGCUCCCCAUUCAUCCGCGAACCCUAAAGGCAAUCCAGGCAGGCAGAAGCAAUCACAAAGUCUUUGGUGGGAUUUUGAAUGCUAUUUGAACCAAGAUCUGUGUUGUAUAUUGUACAUGAUACACACUUUUGGACUUGUGUAAAUUUGCAUUAAUUGCUGACUAACAGCGAAAGAAUAUUAUAUUUAAUUCCUUAUCUCUUGGCUGUGGGAUCCUAGAUGUGUAACUGCAUGGAUGUACUGUAUCUCUGCAGAGUCAACUAGCAGCUGUGUGAUUUUUACACAAAAAUAAAAACGGGACAAUAUUUUAAA